AUGUCUGAAGAACAAUUUAUUAAACCUGAAAACAUUACAUCUUCUCAAGAUGCUUCAGAAUGGCCAUUAUUAUUGAAAAACUUCGAUAAAUUAUUAGUUAGAAGUGGUCAUUAUACACCAAUUCCAGCAGGUUCAUCUCCAUUAAAAAGAGAUUUAAAAUCAUAUAUAAGUUCAGGUGUUAUAAAUUUAGAUAAACCAUCAAACCCAUCUUCUCAUGAAGUUGUUGCUUGGAUUAAAAGAAUCUUACGUUGUGAAAAAACUGGUCAUUCAGGUACUUUAGAUCCAAAAGUUACUGGUUGUUUAAUUGUUUGUAUUGAUAGAGCAACAAGAUUAGUUAAAUCUCAACAAGGUGCUGGUAAAGAAUAUGUUUGUAUUGUUAGAUUACAUGAUGCUUUAAAAGAUGAAAAAGAUUUAGGUAGAUCAUUAGAAAAUUUAACUGGUGCUUUAUUUCAAAGACCUCCAUUAAUUUCAGCUGUUAAACGUCAAUUAAGAGUUCGUACAAUUUAUGAUUCAAAUUUAAUUGAAUUUGAUAACAAAAGAGGUCUUGGUGUUUUCUGGGCUUCUUGUGAAGCUGGUACUUAUAUGCGUACUUUAUGUGUUCAUUUAGGUAUGUUAUUAGGUGUUGGUGGUCAUAUGCAAGAAUUACGUCGUGUUAGAUCAGGUGCUUUAGCAGAAAAUGAUAAUUUAGUUACUUUACAUGAUGUUUUAGAUGCUCAAUGGAGUUAUGAUAAUACAAGAGAUGAAUCAUAUUUAAGAAGAAUUAUUCAACCUUUAGAAACUUUAUUAUUAGGUUAUAAAAGAAUUGUUGUUAAAGAUUCAGCUGUUAAUGCCGUUUGUUAUGGUGCUAAAUUAAUGAUUCCAGGUCUUUUAAGAUAUGAAGAAGGUAUUGAAUUAUAUGAUGAAGUUGUUUUAAUCACUACUAAAGGUGAAGCUAUUGCUAUUGCAAUUUCUCAAAUGUCAACUGUUGAUUUAGCUUCAUGUGAUCAUGGUGUUGUUGCUAAAGUUAAAAGAUGUAUUAUGGAAAGAGAUUUAUAUCCAAGAAGAUGGGGUCUAGGUCCAGUUGCUCAAAAGAAAAAACAAUUAAAAGCUGAUGGUAAAUUAGAUAAAUUUGGUCGUACCAAUGAAAAUACUCCAAAUGAUUGGAAAUCAAAUUAUGUUUCUCAUGAAGAUGAAGCUGCUCCAGUUCCAACUGCUGCUCCAACUUCAGUUAAUGCUACUCCAAAACCUUUGAUUAAAGAAGUUGAAAUGACUGAUUCUCCAGCUGCUGCUGAUACUACUGUUGGUGAUGUCAGUGUUAGUGAAACUCCAUCAAAGAAGGAAAAGAAAGAUAAGAAAGAAAAGAAGGAUAAGAAAGAAAAGAAAGAUAAAAAGGAAAAAAAGGAAAAGAAGGAAAAAAAGAGAAAAGCUGAUGAUGAAGAUGAUGAAGGUGAAAAGAAAAAAGCUAAAAAAUAA